AUGGAGCCUCUAUCCGCUCUCAGCCUUGCUACGAGCGUCGUGCAAUUUGUCGACUUCAGCAGCAAAUUGAUCAGCGGCAGCAUCGAAAUUUACAAGUCGACAAGUGGACAGCUUGAGCAGCACAAUGACCUUAAAGCUGUCACAAAAAGUCUGUCCAGGUUGACAGCAAAACUCGAAAAGUCAGACUUUGCAACCAUCGAACAAAGCUCAACGAAUACCGAAGAGAUCGUCAACCUUUGCAAAGACUGCCGUCAGACUGCAAAAGAGCUUACUGACAUCCUCCUCAAGUUGAAACUGCAGAAAGCCACAAAACGCGAAAGCGUCGUAGUAGCCUUGAAGAGCAUCUGGGGUCGUGAGAAGCUUGAGGACUUGCAACAUCGGCUUGAUGGGUAUAGACAGCAACUGGUUCUACUCAUCCUCGUUGCAUUGAGAGAAGAUCUUCAAAGCCAGCAUGAGCGGAAGUUCGAUCACCUCCGAUCAGACCUCCUCGAAGCUGUAAGAAAAAGCCAUCAACACGACACAAUCGCCGGAUCUCCUUUAGAACCUAGAAAAGAGGUCUUCCUACAGCCUUACUCAAAUGUUACCCAGGAGUCAUUGCUACGAAAAGUUCUACUCAGUCUGCGCUUCCGAGAAAUAUCCGAUCGGCUCGAAAGGAUCCCUAUUCGACAUCAGGAGACCUACGAGUGGAUUUUCCGCGAAAGUGAACGUAACGUUCCUUGGGAUAGCUUCGUGGAUUGGCUUAAGGGAUCUUCGAGCAUUUACUGGCUCACUGGUAAAUCUGGCUCGGGGAAGUCAACCCUGAUGAAAUUUCUUCUUAGCGACCCGCGCACUUGCGAUGUUGCGCAUUCUUCCACAGAUUUCGGAAGUUGCAGAGUUAUCAUUGGUGGAUUUUGCUUCUGGAACUCAGGAACGGUGAUUCAGAUGUCCCAAAAUAGCCUCAUUCAAACCUUGCUCCACGAUUGUCUCAAAGAAUGUCCAGAGUCAUUGCCCUUCGUACUACCCCCCCACCGGCUCGAAGAGCUCCAUAUCUUCGGCAUAAUCCCUGAUACGACUUGGAUUUGGCCAGAACUUGCACGAGCGUUUCUAAAGCUGCUCGAAAGAUCUAGUGCCAGGUUCUACUUCUUUGUGGAUGGCCUCGAUGAGUACUCUGGCCACCUGACCGCCUUGAUCGACCUCUUACAGUCGAUAGCAGCCUUUCCAAAUGUCAAAUUAUGCGUAUCCAGUCGACCGUGGCCGAUUUUUGAAGACGCGUUUGCUGGCCAAGCCUCCAGCCUCCGUCUUCAAGACUUGACUUACCCGGACAUGCUCAAGUAUGUUUCAGAUAAAGUUACGGGUAGUCGAGGCUUCAGCGAUUUCGCAAAAGUGGAACCGGAAUAUACUUCCAGUCUAGUUGAGAAUCUUGUAAAGAAGGCUUCUGGAGUAUUUCUGUGGGUAACAGUGGUUGUCGCCUCAUUGUUGACCGGUCUUUCAAAUGGCGGUCAAAUCGAAGAUCUUCAGGCCAUCCUCGAUGCAUUGCCACCUGAUUUGGAGGGAUUGUUCCAUCGAAUACUUGGAAACAUUGAGCCGUCCCACAGGAGCAAUGCCGCUAGGCUCUUUCAGCUCGUGAACGCAGCGAGGAGGCCUUUGACGCUCCUACAACUAUUCUACGCAGACAAAUAUGAUCUCGAGUCAACGCUCAAACUUGCCACCAAGGAAUCGAGCCCUCAGUCAAUGGAAGAAGAGGCUACAUGGAUGAAGAGACGACCCUAACCGUCCAAUACUUGCAUCGAACAGUCAAGGAUUUUAUGGAACAACCUAACGUAAAGAGAAUGACUGUCAUAGCUUGGAAAGCACCCAUCGACGCCCAUAGACGAUUGGCUGGUGCAGCAUUGGUGGAACUGAAAUUCGGCAACAUGUUGCUUGACGAAAGCCAAUUCCAGAGUAUCAUCUUUAGCUGUAUGGAAUAUGCAGAUUUAGCAAGCGCAUACCCAACCGAGGACACCGAUCUUCUAGUUCAGCUAAU